UCCUCCUCUAAACACAGUUCCCAUUUGCGAAGCAUCAUCCUCUUCUUCUUCAAGCUAUUCUUCCUACUCCAACGGCGAUGGUCGACUCCCCUUUUACUUCUCUCCUUCAAGCCUGUUAAGAUCUCGUUCUCGAAGAUGGUUAGGAAUGAAUCGAGAACCUCGCGCGAAGAAUGGUGAUGUAAGGUAGAGCAAUCGCGCCCUGUGAAGACGAUGACUGAAGCUCGUGUGUGGCUCGACACCUUUGAUUCUGGGUUGGGACGGAGAAAUAUCUAUGGUGGCGAAGAAGAACGUGGGAAGGCCGGGGGAGAUAUUGGAGGAGGUGGCGGCAGCAAGUUCUGGGUUUUGGGUUCUUGCUCCUUGCUUUCUAAUUUGGGAAUUCGAUUGUUGGGUUUCAUUUGUUCAGUUUUGAUUUCCUUCUCCCUCUCGAUCUUCGUCUUCGAUUUCCUGAUUGUUGCAGAGCGAAAGCGUUGCAUUUGGAUCUCCCUCUCCCUCUCGAACUUUGCCUUCGAUUUCCUGAUUAUUGAAUCUGGAAUUAUUGUUUUAAUGAUGGGAUUUCUGUGACGCCGGCGACCUUGAUUCUCUCACGGAUCAAGCUCCUAUUCGUAUUUCGAGGUCAUUUCGGAGCCGAGAAGGAACGUGCACCUGGCCGUAUGUGAUUAUUGAGGAAGGAGACAGAGCAAGGAAAUUCGGGUUCGAGAAAAGCAGCUAGCACUUGGGUUCGAGUUUGUCUGACCUUAUACAAGUAACUUGAGGUUUGGGUCCAAGCAGAUAGACGUAACAUUUUCAUUACCCUCUUUAUUUAUCUGUUCGAAGCUUGCUCGAGUGUCUCUGUUUUGGUGUUCUCAUAUUACGUUGAGAUGUACUGAUGUUUAAAGAUUGGUUUUUAGAUAUCUUGUGUGGAGUUAAAAGCCAUAGAAACCAUACUAUCAGGAAGCUUUGAAGGCUUGUAUGAAUCUUGGAUUUUUGCUGAUUCUCCUUAUCCUAGUUGUGAUAAGCUGAGAUCUGUUUUCCUUGCUUAUGAUUGAUACCUAGAGGGUAAUAUUUCGGUUUUGAUUUGCGUUUUCAAAAUCUUAUAUCGUAUUUUCUUUAUUUUGUUAGGUAAAACUUCUCUUUCUUAUAUAUUUCCCAGUAAACAUUGACUUCUGACUUGCCAUUAUGAAUAUCAGGAGGCCACGAUCAAGAGCUCAAGCACAAAGUAGUAUGAUUCUAUGGCUUUUAACUCCGUAUCAAGCUUGCUUUAGUGUCUCUAUUCUAGGGAUGGUUAUUUUUUGAACUUUUCUUCAGUGUUUUGUUUCGAAUUAUUGUUGGUUAUGUCUCUUCUUUACGGUUUUAAAUGGGCAAUGAAUUUGUGUGAUUUGUAUGGCAGAAAACUUGAUCUGUACAAGUGGGAAAACUUGAUUAUUGAGAAUAUUGUAUUUUGGUAGUAAUUAUGAGUAAAGAAAAGGAACUUGGACUGUGGCUGGAGAAAGAGACCAGAUUGCACAUUAUAGUCUGAACAAUUAAUCGUAUUAAUUUUUAGUAUUAAUGUAUAUUGAACUAUUCAUAUAAAUUUUGUCCAAUAUAUCAAACUUUACAUUUUUUUAUUCUCAUUAUUUGACAUAUCAAAUUUUAUGUCCAUAGUAUUAAUGAAUAUUGAACUAUUUAUAGACUGGACUUAGAAAAAGUUAUGAAGUGUCAAAUUUGUAUUUCCUACCAUGAUUUUGGGGAAGAGAUGAUCCAAGCAAGCUUAUGGGGAAGGAAGGAUUUCUGAGUUCAAGGAAUGAUUUGUAGGAACAGAGUGGUGCGGUGAGGGAGCAGGAUUUAAUGUGAAUUAGGGAGUCGAAUUGUGAGUGUGUGUGUGUGUGAGAGAGAGAGAGAGAGAGAGAGAGAGAGAGGAUAACUGAGAGACAAGAAUUUGAAUUGAGAGAGAAGAAGAAAGGGCAGAACUUGGUAGAGGGCAAAUUAAGCAAGAACUGAUUAGGUUUCCCUUCUUUAGAAACCAAUUUAUUUAGUUAAAUAAACAAAAAGGUCCAUGUGAGCAAGGAUUUUCGUUUGACUCUUUUUUACUUAAUUUCUCAAGGAAAGGUUUGCGGAUUUCAUGGCUUUGAGAAAGAAUCUUUGGCAGACUGUUCUAUAUAGAGAAUUCGAUGGGUGCCUUGUGUACCUCGUCGGCUCUAUAUUACUAAGGUCAACCUAAAGAAGCUCCGACCCAUGAUUCACCAGAGAAUAGAAAAACGGGCCAAUGAAUAUCCAGUUCGUGCCAUGGUUCUGGUUGCACUGGAGGUCCUCAAGGCCAGGAACGUUCUCAUCCAAGGCGUUUCUACCCUUCUCAAGUCCUUUCCUGUCAUGGCUUGCAAAUUCUGUCCAGAGUUAUUUAUUGGUGAGAAGGGACAUUUAAUUCGGACUUGCCAUGGCUACAAGCAUCGUGCCAAGAACCGGUGUCAUGAAUGGGUUGCAGGUGGUUUGAAUGAUAUACUCGUUCCAGUUGAAACGUAUCACCUAAACAAUAUGUUCCAAGGUGUUAUUGAGCACAACCAAAGGUUUGACUUUGAUCGCAUUCCUGCUGUUGUUGAACUAUGCUGGCAGGCCGGGGCUGACCCUUACAGUGAUAUUGCCAGCGGCAGUUUCCGAGGAAGCGAGUUGUUGUCACCAAAUGAUCUUACCUUAGUAGCAAAUAGAACAUUAACAGCUUGGGAGACUCUUAGGUCUGGGGUGCAGAAGUUGCUGUUUGUUUAUCCGGCAAAAGUCUGUAAAUAUUGUUCAGAGGUUCAUGUGGGGCCAUCUGGCCAUAAAGCUAGGCUUUGUGGUGUGUUCAAGUAUGAGAGCUGGCGAGGAGCUCACUUUUGGACAAAAGCAGAGGUGGAUGAUCUCAUACCUCCAAAGAUUGUAUGGAGACGGAGACCUCAAGAUCCUCCUGUACUUGUGGAUGAAAGGAAAGGUUACUAUGGGCGUGUACCAGCUAUUUUGGAUUUAUGCGUAAAAGCUGGUGCCCUUGUGCCUGCAAAGUACAAUAGUAUGAUGAAAGCGCAAGGUUUAUCUGGCCCUGCCUUUUCUUGAUUAGGAUGAAAUAUGGCAAAUGGCAUGAAAACUGAUGCUUAAAAAUCUUUGAGGCCAAUAGUGCGUGGGUUGAAUUGUGAGCCUGAUUUAGUUUUGGGCCGUUGUAAUAUCCUUAUAAUCAUGAUAUUUAAAAUAAUAUAUUUAGUUAUUUUUAUUA